AUGGUGUGCCGAUUUAUCUGUCGGGCUCAUGUGGAAGGUCCUUUUAUCUCACCAGACAAGAAAGGAUGCCAUCCCAGAAAACACAUAAGAAACUUUGGCGAAGAUCCAGUGAAAACGCUCAAAGAGGUUUAUGGCAAUAUGGAGAACGUAUGCAUGGUGACAAUAGCACCAGAGUUAGAAGGCAGCGAAGCUGCUAUAAGAUACUUAGCUGAUAAGGGAAAGCUCGUAUCAUUGGGUCACUCAUCAGCUGGGCUUGUAGCGGGCGAGAAAGCAGUCGCUGCCGGAGCCAGAGCUAUAACACAUUUAUUUAAUGCCAUGAAUUCGUAUCAUCAUCGCGAUCCAUGUCUCAUUGGCUUGCUUACAUCAAAGAUGUUGGGAAAUCGUACGAUUCAUUACGGAAUUAUUUCUGAUGGUAUUCAUACGCAUGACUCAGCGCUAAGAUUAGCAUAUCGGUAAAU